UUUUUAUCUUCAAAAUAGAAACCGAAAAAAAAAAUAUUCUAAAUGUGUCCGUAUCGCUAGGCCAGAUAAUACUGUGCAAACAGUGUGGCUAACUACAGCUAGCUAUCAUCGCAGCCACAUCACUAACUCUGGUCAAUGUUGUUACGUGCGGUUUGCUCUUUCUGUUUUCCCCAAUUUUGUUUAGUGACUGGCAUACAUUUUUCUUUUCGUUACUCACCAAAGUCACUAGCUAUGUUACUGGAGUGCUGACAACUUCCUUUUUUUGUCGUUUCCCCAGAAAUACCGUUUAGAGGAGCUAUCACAUGGAGCCAUCGGGACAGGAUGCCAACGACCACGGCCAAAACUCAGUUGGCGACGGUGAGCACCCAUGGGAGGUAACAGACAUGACCAGGCUCCGCCGCUUCAUCUGCUACGGCUCAGAAAUGGCCAUCUAUGACACCAAGGAGCACCGGCUGGGCAUGGAGAGUGCCCUGGCUCUGCUCUCCCUGCUACAGGAGGGCAGGGGUUGCGAGGUGGUGGAGGAGGUCAAAAGGCUGGCUCUGGAGGGCAGGCCAGUCAGGGCCAACCCUUCCCUGUUCGCCUUAGCUGUGUGCUCCCAACAUUUGGACCUGAAUACCAGACAGGGGGCGUUCCAAGCCCUGGGUGACGUGUGCCGGGCCCCCGAGCACCUCUUCACCUUCAUCCAAUACAAGAAGGAGGUGAAAGAGAGGAUGCGGUGCGGGAUAUGGGGAAGGGCCCUGAGGAAAGUGGUGUCGGAUUGGUACAACAAACAGGAUGCCAUGAGUCUGGCUCUGGCGGUGACCAAGUAUAAAACGAGAGAGGGCUGGUCGCAUCAGGAUCUACUCAGACUCUCCCAUGCCAAGCCUGCUAAUGAAGCGAUCGUGUUGAUCAGUAAAUACGUUAUGAAAGGAUGGAAGGAGGUCCAGGGGGCGUACGCCGACAAGGAGAACUCGGAGGAGGUGAUCAAAGUCCUCUCAUACCUGGAAGCGGUUGAGAAGGUCAAACACAGUGCAGACGAGAUGGAGGUCAGCCAUCUAAUAGAGGAGCAUAGUCUGGAGCGGGAACAACUACUGACAGACCACCUGAAGUCCAAAGUGGUAUGGAAGGCAUUGUUAAAGGAGAUGCCCAUGGAGUCAAUGCUAAGGACCCUGGGUAAGAUGACCGCAGACCAAGUCCUGGAACCAGGAAGCUCAGACGUGGCAGAGGUGUGCGAGAGGAUCCAGAGUGAGGCGGCUUUAAAGAAGGCAAAACUCCACCCUUUCAGCGUCUUGACAGCCUCGGAAAACUACAAAAGGGGCCAAGGCAACCGGGGGAAAGUGAAAUGGGAACCAAACGUUGACAUCAUGAAAGCGCUGGACUCUGCUUUCUACAAAUGUUUCACAAACGUGGAGCCGGCGGGGAAGCGCUUUGUGGUGGCGGUGGACAUUAGCACAUCACUGAGCAGCAUCGUUAAGGGGACCUCCGUCAGCACAGCUGUAGUGGCUGCAGCCAUGACCAUGGUUUUUGCGCGGACGGAGGCAGAGACACAGGUUAUGGCCUACUCUGAAGGAACUAUAGUUCCUUGCACCAUCACUGAAGGCAUGUCUCUUCGACAAGUAGCAACUGAGCUGGUCAAGAUCCCCAGUGGUUAUACAGACUGCGCUCUCCCAAUCCUGUGGGCCUCGGAGAAGAGGAUCACUGUGGACAUGUUCAUCAUAUUCACCAACAGUGCCUGCUGGCACGGCGAGGCCAAUCCAACGGAGUGUCUGAGGAUGUACAGACAUAAAAUGGGUAUCUUCUCCAAACUUAUGGUGUGUGGGUUGACCUCCAACGGCCUAUCCAUCGCUGACCCCGCCGAGGACAGGGGCAUGCUGGACCUCUGCGGCUUUGACCUGGGAGCCAUAGAGGUCAUCCGUAACCUAGCCCUGGACCUGAUCUGAGAACAGAUUCUGGACAGUGCAAAGACGAGAAAGAAAAAUAUGGAGAGAAUUGGUGGAAAUACCUUGAAAUGGAUGUGGCUUGAAACGAUGCAGAGAGCGGAUUUUUAUUUUAUUUUUUAAAGUUGAUAUUUACAAUAACGAUUUCUUCAAUUUAUCAUAAAUAUCAUGACCACAAGAAAAUGAUACAGUCUCCCUAUUGGUCAUGUUGAGAGGUUAGCAUGUCUUGGGGGUCUGAUGCAUAAUGUGCUUUCAUUUCUAACCAGUAAAACAGAGGAAAAUACUCUCAAAUAAAAAGUGACAUCUGUACUUUUUGGGCUCCCGAGUGGCACAGCCUCUCCGUGCUAGAGCUGUCACUACAGACCCUGGUUAGAUUCCAGGCUGUAUCACAGCCGGCGGUGCACAAUUGUCCCAGCGUCGUCUGGGUUAGAGUUUGGCCGGUGUAGGCCAUCGUUGUAAAUAAGAAUUAGUUCUUAACUGACUUACCUAGUUAAAUAAAUCAAAUAAAUACUCACACCUCAUAUCUAAUAUUUGAGCUCAAAUCCAAAAUGCUGGAGUAUUAGAGCCAAAAUUCAAAGUUUUAGCUUCACCGUCCAAAUAAAUAGGGGGGUUUAUGUAAGAAGGAAUCCCUGUACACAUCUACCACUGGAGGAUGGCUCAAAAGAAUGUCUGGAACACCGUUUGAUACCAUUUCACUGUUUACACUCCAGUUAUUACUACACGCCUGUCCACCCCAAUUAAGGUGCCACCAAUCUCCUUUGCUAUGUUAUAGCAAGUUUGAUGUGAACAUGGAGCCCUUUUUAUAAUCUAUCCAUUUUUCAUCAUUUAGCAAACUCACUUAUCCUGUGUGACUUACAGGAGCAAAUCAACAGAUGGUUAGUCUGUUCAGGGAUUCAAACCAGUGACCUUUUGGUUACUAGCCCAAUGUGCUUAACCGCUAGGCAACCUGCAAACCAGUGACCUUUUGGUUACUAGCCCAAUGUGCUUAACCGCUAGGCAACCUGCCUCCCCUUGUCCCUUUUGUCUUCUUCAAUUGGUCUAAUCACUAUAUAGAAGACUAACCAACUUAUUUUGUUUGAUUGCAGUAUAUAUAUAUAUAUUUUUUUUAUUAGGUCAAACUCAUAAUAGAAUAGACUUGGUGCACUUAAACAUGUAACAUGCGAAUCCAUUUAGUUUAUUUUGCUUUGUCACAAGUCAAAACAAGGAAGUAUUUGACGCCAAGAGAUAAGGGAGUGACUGUCGUCAUUGUCACUGGCAGUUUUUGGCAAACCUGCAAAAUUGGUUUAUUCCCUGGGUCAUGUUCAUUAGGGCAGACGUUAGAAAAAAAAUUAAAAUCUUGUACAAUGGAAAAUUUAAAAUUAAAAUUUCUUAUUGGACAAGUGCAGGAAGUCCCUCCCUGUUUCAAUUGCUUUUCUAUAUGGUGCCUAAUGAUCACGACCCUGGAAUCUAUUGAUUUUAUGCAUUACCAAUGGCUUUUUCUAUUGCUGUAUCAUGUUGUUGAAGGUCAAAACAAGGCCAUUUAGUAGUGUGAAGACUGAAGCUGCUAGACGCACAUUAAAAGUAUUCCAGUGUCGGAGGUUUAUGAUAAACAAGCACUAAUGAUAGAAUGUCAGUUAUACAAAUACUUACUAAUGUUCCAUAGAAACUCACUAGCUACUUUUCCUUUGUAAUAGAUCCCACUGAAUGUACCUUUUUGUCAUACUUGUGUAACACUGAAGAUAUCUAAAAUGCUUUAUUCUUCAAAUAUUGAAUAAAUAAAAUGGGAUAAUACUGAAGAUGCUUUACCUUUUAGCAGUCAAUUCAAUGGGAGAAUGAUGGCUGACGCUGACAUAGCGGAAGUGGAAAGUAUUAACUGUGGUCUAUUGAAUUGUUAUUUUCUGUCUUCUGGCAUUUCAGAUCAACCCUAAUUUAGACCAAAAAAAACUAAUUCAGACCUGGUAACUGAUUUCUAAAAAUCUUUUUACUUUGUGUUGAUUUCAUCUGAUCCAAUAUAAAAGUAUGGCACAAAAUAUGUCAGUCUAUUAAAAGGCCCCACCAGUUCUCGAGUUGGUCCCAACCCCAUGAGUUGAGAUAGAAGCCCAUCUUUGAGGACAUCGGUUCGAACGUAGUUAACAAAACAUGCUACAUUUUAAAAUGCUCUAGACUAAUAAUGCAUUCAUUCUGAGGUAAUAAUACGUUGGAGUCAGUUGCAAUAGUAGAGAAUACAGUGGGGCACAUUGACAGGUGGAGAUAGAAUGGCCACAGUCCAUAUUGAUAGAGAAAGUUGAACUGAAUCAAUUAUAAAUGUAGGCCUUACUGUCCCAUGACUAAUCCAUUUUCUCUUUCAACUGAAAGGUGAUUUCAGUUCAUGUUGCAUGCCAUUUACAUUAGCCAUAGUGUCAAUACAAACCUUAAUAAAGUGUUUCAUGGA